UAUAAACACUAUUUUCUUUACAGCUUCAAGCUUCUGCCCAAAUCUUCCCCCUCUCAUCAAAUCCAUGGAAAUGGGGGGCUCUGAAAGGCCUAAAGGUGCAGUCUUGCUUGGGUUACUAUUGUUGGCGUUACUCCGAUCGGCCGCGGGUCGGUUCGUGGUAGAGAAGAACAGCUUAAAAGUUCUCUCACCUGACUCCAUCAAAGGAACUUAUGAUUGUUCCCUUGGGAACUUUGGGGUCCCUCAGUAUGGGGGAAGCAUGACUGGGGUUAUUGUCUACCCUAAGGAUAACCUAAAGGGAUGUAAGGAUUUCCAUGAAUUUGGGAUUUCUUUCAACUCUAAGCCCGGUUCUUUGCCCACCUUUGUUCUUGUCGAUCGAGGAGAUUGCCAUUUUGCAUUAAAGGCCUGGAAUGCUCAGAAAGCUGGUGCUUCAGCAGUUUUAGUCGCGGAUGAUGUGGAUGAACGGUUGAUUACCAUGGACUCACCGGAAGAGGAUGGGUCUUCUUCAAGCUAUGUGGAAAACAUAACCAUUCCAUCUGCACUUGUGGAGAAAAGUUUCGGGGAGAAAAUGAAGAAAUCAUUAUCGGAGGGAGAAAUGGUCAAUGUGAAUCUUGAUUGGAGAGAAUCAGUCCCACAUCCAGAUGAUCGGGUUGAGUAUGAGCUUUGGACAAACAGCAAUGUUGAGUGCGGGUAUAAGUGUGACAUGUUGAUGAGGUUUGUGAAAGAUUUUAAAGGAGCAGCACAGAUCUUAGAGAAAGGUGGAUACACAGAAUUCACCCCACAUUAUAUAACAUGGUAUUGCCCUCAGGCUUUCACUGUGAGCAAGCAGUGCAAGUCGCAAUGCAUUAAUCAUGGAAGAUAUUGUGCUCCUGAUCCUGAACAGGAUUUUAGCUCAGGUUACGAUGGGAAGGAUGUUGUUGUUGAAAAACUAAGGCAGCUUUGUGUUUUCAAAGUUGCGAAAGAGACUAAAAAGCCAUGGGUUUGGUGGGAUUAUGUGACGGACUUCCAAAUUCGGUGCCCCAUGAAGGAAAAAAAAUAUAACAAGGAAUGUGCUGAUGGUGUCAUCAAAUCCUUAGGUCUUGAUAUGCAAAAGAUAGAGAAGUGCCUUGGAGAUCCCAAUGCUGAUUCUGAUAACCCUGUUUUGAAAGAAGAACAAGAUGCUCAAAUUGGUAAAGGGUCUCGUGGUGAUGUGACCAUAUUGCCCACCCUUGUUGUCAACAAUAGGCAGUACAGAGGGAAGUUAGCAAAAGGUGUUGUAUUAAAGGCAAUCUGUUCUGUUUUUGAGGAAACGGCUGAGCCUGCUGUUUGCCUUAACGGAGAUAUAGAGACAAAUGAGUGUUUAGACAACAAUGCUGGCUGCUGGCAAGACAAAGCUGCCAACGUAACAGCCUGCAAGGAUACUUUUCGUGGAAGAGUGUGUGAGUGCCCCUUGGUUGAUGGUGUGCAGUUUAAAGGAGAUGGUUACAACUCUUGCUACGGCAAUGGACCCGGACGGUGUCACCUCAACCACGGGGGGUGUUGGCAUGAAACUAGGAAUGGACACAGCUACUCGGCUUAUGUGAUUAAUGGAGAAGGGAAUUGCACUUGUCCUCCUGGAUUCAAAGGUGACGGUAAGAGUUGUGAAGAUAUUGAUGAGUGCAAAGAAAAGAGAGCUUGCCAGUGCCCUGAAUGCAGCUGCAAGAAUACGUGGGGUGAUUACGAAUGCUCUUGCAUUAAUGACCUUUUGUACAUGAGAGAUCAUGAUACAUGCAUAAGUAAGACAGCCACCCAAGUCAAAUCUUCUUGGGCUGGUGUUUGGAUAAUUUUGAUAGGAUUAGCUGCCGUUUCUGGUGGGGCAUAUCUCAUAUACAAAUAUAGGCUGAGAACAUAUAUGGACUCAGAGAUUAGGGCCAUAAUGGCACAAUACAUGCCACUGGAUAGCCAGAGUGAAGUUCCAAAUCACACCGGUGAAAUCCAUGCUUGAGAGGCUAGUUAAUUUUUGGGACAAGUGCCAUAAUUCUGCUGCGGAGAAGGUAGACCAUUUUCCGCCAUUUACG